AUGGGAGCUGAUGUAUGGCAACAAUUAUCGGUACAAUGGAAUUCGUUAAAUUUCAAAAAAGCAUCUGAAAUGAAUAAAAGAAACUGGUCUUCUAUGGAUGGCGCAUCUCUUCACACUAGAGGGUAUAUUCGUCAUCAUUUACAUUGGAAAAGAAUGAGAAAGGAAAAGGGUGUAGAUCCAUUAUUGACAGAGUUCUAUUUUUGCACACAUCGGAAAAAGGAUCAAAGUUGGGUAGGAGUUCAUGCUGAAUCUGCAUAUGAUAAACUUGAACAGAAAAAGUUGGAGAUUUCUUCUCGGAAUCUAACUAUUCCAGGAGAGGACGGAGCUGAUAGUCAACUAACUAUUGAAAUGCCGCCUGAUUUGGAUAUAUGGGUAGAGUCGGUUGGAAAGAAGAAAGGGAGGGUAUUUGGUCUCGGAACCGCUUCUAAUACUUUGGUUUCAGUAUUAAAGAAACCCUUAAGUCUUUCUAGUGACUCUCAAGAGGUUGAUGCUUUGAGAAGUCAAGUCUAUGCUUUAAAUGCAUCGUUGCAAAGACAAGAAGAAGAGAAGCUGAUGAUGAGGCAACAAUUGCAUCGAAAAGAAAAAGAGAUGGUUGAAGGGAAUAAUAAAAUUUCAUUUUUAAUGAAUCAUUUAGGAUUUGUUGGGUCUUUUUCUCACCUACCACAACCCACUAAUGAAAAUGAUCACACAAAUGAAGAUGGCGUCGAUGAAUCAGAUGAAGAAGACCUUAGUAAUGAAUUAUGA